AUGCAGAUCUUCGUGAAAACCCUAACGGGGAAGACGAUAACCCUCGAGGUCGAGUCCUCCGACACCAUCGACAACGUCAAGGCCAAGAUCCAAGACAAGGAAGGAAUCCCACCGGACCAACAACGACUAAUCUUCGCCGGGAAACAGCUCGAGGACGGCCGUACACUCGCCGACUACAACAUCCAGAAGGAGUCGACGCUUCAUCUCGUCCUCCGUCUCCGUGGUGGCGCGAAGAAGAGGAAGAAGAAGACGUACACCAAGCCCAAGAAGAUCAAGCACAAGCACAAGAAGGUGAAGCUCGCUGUUCUUCAGUUCUACAAGGUGGACGGAUCUGGUAAGGUGCAGAGGCUGAGGAAAGAGUGUCCUAACGCGACUUGUGGUGCUGGAACUUUCAUGGCGAGUCAUUUCGAUCGUCAUUACUGUGGUAAGUGUGGACUUACUUACGUUUACCAGAAGGAAGGAGCUGAGGCUUGAUUUUAUUAAACCGGUAGAUUGAUAUCACUCGAGAGUUCGGUUUAGUGAUUUUUAAGCUUUUUUUUUUGUCUUAUUAUGUAAUGGAUUCAGUGGUAAACUUGUUUUGUUUUGGAUUUCGUUUUUUUUUUUUAAUUAUGUUGGUACUUUUAUUAGUUUGAAAUACAUUGCUUGCAAUAUCUUCAGUUAUAUCUUAUAGUUGGACUUGGACCUUGAUUAUUUGCAAUUUAGAUUUGAUGGAACAGUUUUUGAACGGAAUUAUAUUAGCUUUUUUGUCUUAUUUUGUAAUGGAUUCGCUGUUUAACUUGUUUUGUUAUUGGAUUUUGGUUUUUAUUUAUGUUGCUUGGUAUGUUGAUUAGUAUGAAUAACAUUUCUUGUAUCAUCUUCGAU